AUGCUGCGACGGCUUUUCAGGCCGAGGCACGCGGAGCUGCUGCAUGCCCUUUUCUGGGACUAUGCCGCAGGGCCCACAAGACGCGGAGUCGUCCAGCAGGCGGGCGUUCCGGAGCUCCGCCGUCCGGGGGCCCUAGCCGCCGCGCCAACGCCGCAGGGGCAGGCGCCGAAUUUCGCCCAGCCACAGUCCGGUGCAUUUCAGCAGCCCAGCGUUAUGGUGUUGCUGGCAAGGGCACAAUACGCCCUUUUCACGCUUGGGUGGAACCCCACCGCUGGUGACUUUGCCCUCUACUGCGCAACCACGAAUGAACUUGUGUGUAUGCCGAAGGAGAUGCUGUGGAAGGCGGCAAUGUGGAUGGAGGAACGCAUAGGAGAGGAUUUUAUUGCGGGGAUUGUUUUUCCCAGUGACGGGUCCAUUCCCCUAAAGGACGCGGCAGCCCUGCUUAUGGAGAAGUCUCGUAGGCGACUAGUGCUGGCUCCGGAUACGUGGGGUAUUACCUACUUGACAUUAAAGAGUCAGCAGGAGUUCGUGCGAGGUUUAAGCAUCCCUGCGAGCCUGGAACAUGCCGCCUUUCAACUCACAGGGACGGCAUAUAAACCCGCCGUUACAGACCCAUCCGUGUUUGAUUUUACGAUAGGAUCAUAUACUUCUUCGGAUUGCGCCGCCCCUGUUUCUGCCGCACGCGACGCCCUUGUGAACUGGUGUGUCCUCUUCACCCUUCAUAAGCGGUUUGGCACAAAGGGCAGCCGAAAGGUUAUGGACCCCAUUGACCAGAUUGUACGACGCGUGGUGAAGGCCGUCAAUGUGUUUGUGGUAGACAUUGAUGUGCGGGUUGGGAAGGGCACCAUCGCGGAGGGUUUUACGAUGAUCGUGACAAUAUACGAUGCCCAAAAGAGGACCCAGACGGUGCACAUGAUCCGCAGCUUGGCAGAAGAGGCCACGAAGCGGAAUGCGCUCAAUGCAAUACUGUACGGUGAGGGCACCUCUUCCAUUUCGCUCUUCGUCCCUACGGGACGCACGAGGUCGGCGCAGCUUCUUGCCUUUGCUCGCAGCUGUCGUCCGUCGUGUCCGUUUUUCGCUGCCGAGGUGUCAAGUUUGGCGCAGUUUUUCGCCGGCACAAAAGUUGCAGCCGGACUUGACGAUGAGAAGGACCCACGCGCCACUUGGGCGAGAAUUCGUGCCAACUGUUUUCCAGAGAAAACCUCCCGUAAGGAGGAGGAGGUGCUCGAUAGAAAGUUGCAGCAGGGCUUCACGGCGCUUGCCAACAAGCUCUUUUCGGACCGUCUGCACCGAGUUUCCCCGGCGCUCAUAGCAGCCGUGAGUAGUAUCCCCCCACAGGAGGAAAUUCAAAAGGCACGGAGGCGCGUCGAAUUGUUGGAGGAGGAGGCACGCAAAAAUCCGGUCCCACACGUGACACAUUCUGCUUUUCUUAACAACGUCAACAUAAGUGACGCCGAGGUUGUCUUUCGCCUGCAACAAUGGCGCUCGAACAUUUAUGAAAACCCCGACCGGCUUCAGCGUGAGCAGCAGGCGCUAAAUGGACUGAAGCGUUAUUUAGUGCUCGACCUCGAGACGACCACAGUGCGGCGCUACAAGCGUGUGUCAAACCCGUUUACCAAGGAAAAUUACGUUGUCCUCUCCGGGGCCCGUGACUACACCGGGAAGGUGUUUAUGACGACUCGCUACUUUGUUCGGAACAUUGCCUUGCGGUACGAUGACAUGGACGUCACAAGUGCCUGCAACCUCGUUGAGGGAUCGUCAAAGCGCUCGUUAUUUUUGCCGCCACUCGACGACUACGACGUGAUUGUGGGACAUAACAUUAAGUUUGACCUGCUGCACAUCUGGCGGGAUGCGGAGCUGCAGCACUUUCUUCGUCGCGGUGGAAAGGUGUGGGACACAAUGUACGCCGAGUAUUUGCUCACUGGCCAUGAGGUGAAACUCGGCCGCGGUGCCGGCUUGGAGGACGUCGCAAAGUCUUACGGCGGUCACACCCCAAAGUUAGACGCUGUGAAGGAGGCCUGGGCAAAGGGCAAGGAAACCUACCAGAUUCCGUAUGCAUUGCUGUCCGAGUACCUACACGGCGAUCUGGAGAAUACGGAGCUCAUUUUCCGAAAACACAUGGAACGCGCCUUAACACAGAGGCAAGUUAUCAUCUGUGUGGCACGAAUGGAUGGCCUGCUUUGUACGACGGAGAUGGAGUAUAAUGGAUUGAAAACCAACGUGCAGCUCGCCGUGAUGCAAAGCAAUGAACUCAUGGUGAAAGUGAUGGAGCUGCGAAAGCACUUGGAGAGUGCUAUCCCCAAGGAAAUUCCUGUGGACUGUCGCAAGUACUUUAACUGGUCUUCCAACCAGCACCUUAUCACAUAUUUUUUCGGUGGCAAAUUAAAACUGAACACAAGCGCCCGCGAAAGCAGGACUCUGCCUGGAGAAGUUUUUGAUCGUCAUACACUGUACGUGCCGGCGGAGGAAUACACGCCGGAUCGCUUUCCAAAAGGGGUCUUUCUGCGUCCACCGGUGCACGUGAUUGGCCCGGCGGACUGCCUUAUUGCAACCGGCGGCUCUUUGGACAAGGGAACAAAGGUAUUCAAGAACUACUAUGAGACCUACGUGAAGCAGGCCGGGUUUCGUAAGAGCUCGACGAUGACAGACUCGCUGAGCCGCGAGAUGGUCGCUGUUUCAAGGACAGAGACUGACAGACGAACGGAGCCGGAGGCCCUCGCUAAUUUGCUCCCCAGGCGCCACCUGUUUCUCUUCGCAGGGAUCACCGCCACUGUGGAGGAGAAGAUGGGCAAAUUUUUUCUCAAAAACGCCGUGACGGGGGAAUCUGUGACGAUUCUGGCCGAUCACAAGGAUAAAGUUGCCCGGCUUCGUGCCUUUAUAGAAGAACAGGUGAGAUUGCACACCGAUAUGUUGCUUCCUGCGGAGGAGGAGAAUGAUUCCUCCUCGUCUAAUAUGAGCGCUUUUGCGAACGCACACGUUACUAUUUUGGCCAGAGAUGCACCCUUUUCCUUUACACGUCUACUGCACUCUGAUCUGGAGUUGAAGGAGUAUCUGACGUCGCACGACGGCCUCCGCACUGACACUGACAUAAAUGAACGCUACGUCAUUAGUUUGGCGGACACUGUCUCCAUACUUUCUUACUACCGACACCUCUACAGCGCCCAAACCGAGGCAGUCUGGCGAUCCCGCGGUUCCCGAGAUGAGUCGAAACUUGUGUACCCGUUACGGGCCUUUCCACGCCCCGGCUCCUCCAGGAAUGCCACGGCGGAAGCAUAUAAGGCCCAACUGCUGCGGGAGGCCGCCAUGAAACCGGAGGAUUGGUGUAAUUACUACACCGACGUUUUCCUUCACAUUGGCAAUGCUGCGUUGCAAAGUGAGGCCAUGGAGCCCGAGGCGACGGCGGCGAAGAAAACGCGGAAGUCAAAAAAAAUAGCAACAAGCGCACAACCGUCAAUCUCCCAAUCCUCCUUCGCGACCGCCAUGCCUUUGUUGCCUACUAUAACUCGCUCCCCGACAACGAGCGUAAGCGGCUGGCGCUGA